UUACAAAAUCCCCUCAUUUUCGUCCAUUCACAACCCUCCUCUCUUUUUAGUGUUUUUUCUUUUAUGCCUCUUCACCUUUAUUUUACUCACUACUCUCUCUUUCCUUGAUCUUAUGCCCACCCUACUUUGCUUGAAUGGAUUGAAUACCUACCGGGCGGAACUUUGCGAAUUUCAACGGAGGGGAAACCCAACAACGUUCUACACGUAGAUUGACCACCACGCUAGGGAGCUAUAGACACUUAGGGUUUGCCGAAUGGAAGUACUGAUAUUUAUUGGAUAAUCUUUCAUUGGCUCUGGGACUCUUGUGGUGGUGGAGGGAACGCGGUUCGUGGAGAGAGCUGUUUAGGUCUUUCUGAUGGCCGGUGUUAAGCGUUCAACGAGAGGUCCUUGGUCGUUGGCAGAUAGCUAUGGUAUGUACAUUCUGGGGGCUUCCGAUUGGGAGGACAGUUGGAUUUUAUACUGACUAAGUUCUCCUGCAGGCUUCAUUGCUUCGUACGUCACCAGCGCGAGACAACAUCCCCGGCAGCUUGCUUCAAUAGCAGCAGGAGGGCAGAGACAAUUCUCACGAACUGCAUACACCCAAUUCUCAGUGCUGGAAGAUGGAUACAAGAUCAGUAAAUCCCGCGGAGCAUCAUGCUCUCCUCGUCCAAAUUCUGUCUACCCAAGCACAACCACCCGUCGAAACUUCCACGAUUACUUUGUCACGAACCUACCCUCUUCCUCUCUCCACCCAGAUUCCCGCACAGCGAGAGGUCCGCACCAUAAACUUCCUCGUUCCGCCUCAACCCCUCAUACAGGACCCGGUCGCUUACCAGCAGCGGCCCCUCCUAUGCUUGGUCCCUCGCGCGAUAUGACCGUCGUCCGGAUUCCCCUUCGAAGCGCAAAACACCAUUUCGGUGUCUCCCUCUCCCGCGGUACACGUCCGUACAAUGAAGAUACUUUUCAAGCAGGCACUUUGGAAAUACCAGCCUUUGCAAAACGUGCUCCGAUUAGUUUGAGUCGUUCAAACAAAGCUGGUGCGAAAGGUGGAGCUACGAGUGCGGAUAGUGCAAGUGGGGAUCCUCAAGUUUUCUACUUUGGGGUUUAUGAUGGGCAUGGGGGAAAUGAGUGUAGUGAUUUUCUGAGGGAAAGACUACAUGAUUAUGUGGAGAAGACGGCGGAGACGUUUGAAUUGGGGAGUAGUUUGAAAAAGAGCAGGUCAAAAGAUUUGGGUUCUGGGACUCACGUUGGGGCAAAUAGUGAGCUGACUACGAAUGGAAAGGAGACAUUGAAGAAAGUUGAAAUGGAGACAGCAGAUGAAAUGAAGGAUUCCGCAAGUUCGCCGACUCAAAAUAAAGAAGGGACUCUUUCAAAUCCACCAUCGGAAACAGUUCAGGUGGAAAGUGAAGAGCCCGAACCCAUUGAAUCCAAUAAGCCUAAAACAAUUGAGAUGGAGAGAUCUCUAGUGGCACAAUGGAAGGAGACAGUUGGUGGAUACUUUCGACGCUUCAGACCAGCCUAUUUCACGCUCCCAUCUUCCGAUGGGUCUCCACCAUCCGACGCUGUGGUAUCCAUAGAAACCGUCCUAAUGUACGCCUUCCUUAAAGCAGACCUCGACUUCAUCACCGCCCAAGCACGCAAACCCGAUCCAGAAAGCCACAACGACAGUCCCCUAAAUGCUGAAGACAUACUUGGUGAGCCCGCCCAUCGCUGUACAACCCAAGACCGUAUCGGAGGGCCAACAAGAUUUCUAGGCGGCUCUACAGCCUCGGUAGCACUCAUCUCCACGCCCUCGCCAACACCAUUCUGGCAUCCUGCCUCUCCAUCUACGCUGGUCGUCGCUCAUGUGGGAGAUACCCGUAUACUCCUUUGUGACACGGCUACCGGAAUCGCUAAACCAGUUACCACCAACCAUCACCCUUCCUCACCGGUAGAAAGUACCCGUCUCCGUCGCUACGCCGCGACCUUCGUCACCGAUUCUUUUGGCGAAGAACGCAUGUCGGGACUCGCUAACACGCGAGCCUUUGGCGACAUGCGUUCCAAGAGAAUCGGCGUCUCUGCUGAACCUGAAAUCCGGCGUAUCGAACUCGCUCCUGCUGAAUACUCGUUCGUCGUCCUAGUUUCGGAUGGUAUCUCAGGGACCCUCAGUGACCAGGAAAUUGUGGAUGUGGUUAAGGAGGCCAAAACUCCGGAACAGGGCGCGAAGGAUGUCGUUGCAUAUGCGACGGAAGUGUCCAGGGAGGGCGAUAAUGCUACAUGUCUCAUUGUGAGACUUGGAGGGUGGGAACGCAGGGGCGAGGGGGGGAUGGGAAGUAUGGGGACGAGGGAGAUGAGGGAUUUUAGGAAGGGAGAUGCUUUGGAUCCUAGGAGGGGGAGGACUUAG